AAAAAUUUGUGAAUUUUCUUUUGAUCAUAUUAUUGGAAAAUUUGACUUUUGUUACCUCACAAACACAUUAAUUUCACUUUUGCUACCUCGGAAAAUUUUUAUUUUAUUUUGCUACCUAACAGUUACACUUUUUUUAAGUUUUGCUACCUUUUAACGGUUCUGUUACUGUAGACGUUAAAUGGACCCCACUCACCUAACUAACCUCCCUUUUCUCUCUUCUCUCUCCACGAAACUACCCCCUGCCUCCCAUUUACUCUCUUUCUCACUCUAAUCUCACUCCAUUGAAUUCUUUCAACUCCUCAAAUUUACUCCAUUGAAGCUUUUUUUUUUUCACUCGAUUCUUUCUCUCUCAUCUGUCAGCAAGGUCACUUUUUUAUUGAAAUCUUAUCUUCAUUUUGGAGGUUGAGCAAGCUUGCGUGGAGGGAUUUAACUGGAACAGCAAAGCAGGGGAGGACGUCUAGGUGGAUCGAUUCGUCAUCACCAUUGUUGGAAGAUUCUUCUGACUAGGCUUGACUAUAAGGUACGCAACUCCUAUCCUCAAAAUGUGGUCCAAAAAUGGUGGUAAUUGUGCAUUUACUUUUGUAAAUGGAGGUUUAAUUGGGGAAUCUGCAGUAAACCCUAGAAUUAUGCGAUUUUGAUUAAAUUAGGAUAAAUUAUGCUGUUUGACCUAAUUAAUUGAUUAAUUUAAUUGCUGCAUGUCUGUUUUGUAAAGUAAUUGUCUUACUUUAUGUCUUGCUUGAAUAGUGUAUACAUUGCUGUCAUUAGUUGUUGAUUAGUGUAUUUGUUUAUUGGUAAUGUGCUGUAGAUUUAACACAUGGCAACUGAGGUUGAUUUUGUUGGUGAUCUAGUUGGUAUUAAGCUUAGAAUAUUUGGGGGUUUUGUGUAUAAAACAAGAAAUGGUGUGGAGUACCUAGUCUAUGAGGCUGCCUUCACUUAUUGGAAAAGGGAAGUUCCUAUGAGGUGGGUAACAGUUGGCUAUUUAAGGUACUUGUGUGCUCAAGGUAUUGUUGACAUAGGAUGGGAAGUGCCUAACAUUUAUGUGCUGUGGUUCAAAGAGAAGGGUAAGACAUGGAUGACUGGGAAAAGGAAGUUAGAAACUGUGUGAGGCAUAUUUGGGCCAACUUUAAGCUGCAAUUCACAGGCUCAACCUUCAAAGAGCUCUUCUGGAAUGCUGCAAGGGCAACUACUGCUAUUGAUUUUGAAAUAGCAAUGGAGUCCAUAAGGUUUCUGUCUGAAGAUGCUUAUGUGUACUUAGAUAAUAUACCUCCUAGGCAUUGGUCUAGGCAUGCUUUCCCAUCUCAAUGCAAUUCAAAUAUUCUUCUGAACAAUAUUUGUGAGACAUUCAAUGUUGUAAUAAGAGAUGCUAGGGACAAGCCAAUACUCACUCAGAUGGAGUGGUUGAGGAGGUAUGUCAUGAAGAGACACAAUGACAAAAGGGAGGUUGUACAAAAAUUGGAUGGGAAAUUAAUGCCCUAUGUGUCAAAAAAAUUUGACAAAAUUGAGAGAGUUGCAAGGCACUGUAUAGUGCAAGUGUCAAGGGCAGAUUCAUAUGAGGUUGAGCUAAAUGGAGACUCAGUGCUUGUGGACUUAGCUAUGAGGACUUGCACAUGUUACCAUUGGCAACUCACUGGGAUCCCAUGUGUACAUGGGUUUGCUUGCUUAAUGGACAAGAGAGUGGACCCUGAAGACUUUGUGGAUAUGUAUUACCAUAGGCAGACUUACAUGUAUGCCUAUGAGGAGCCUGUGAAGCCAAUGUCAGGACCUAAACAUUGGGAAAAGCAAGGAUUCAGUGAGCCACUGUCUCCAGCAAUAAGAGUAAUGCCUGGAAGGCCAAAGUCCAAGAAGAGAAAGAAGGAGAGAGGUGAGGGAGAAGCUGACAGACCUGUAAAAACUCAGAAAAACCAGAAAAAAGUGCAGCAACUGUGGACAGGUUGGUCAUUAUGCCAAGACUUGUGCCAACCAGCCAAAGUGCACUCCUAAGGGUCCAGCCACCAAGCCUAUUCUGAAUGAUCCUUGGAACAUUGAGCAAAGGAGGAAAAAGGAGCUAAGAGCUGCUAGUAAGACUGGUGGAACUCCUGGGCCUAACAGCAUUGCAACCAAGAAUCCCAAGUAGCCUGCCACUAUCACACAGCAUACAACCUCUCAAGACAAUGCAGCGUGCACCCAAGCAUCACAAGCAUCAACAACAGCAGCAUUACCUAAGCAGCAGACCAGCCACAAAGUUAAGGGGAAGCAGAAGAAGAACUAGGCUACAUGGUGUUUUUUUUUAAGUUAAAGUUGUAACGACAGUACCAUAAAACUCCACUUUUUAUCAUGAUCAUUAAGUCUGUGAUGAACAGGAUAAGUCAGUGUAUAUUUCACUUUUGUGCCAAGUGCAGACUUGGUCUUUUGUAUGCACAUUUGUGCUUAUUUUGAUAUUACAAGAACCAAUAUUAUGCAUGUUAACUGUGCUUCUUUGGAUAUGAUCAAAAGCAGACUAUUUUUUUUUUUUUUUUUUUUUUUGUGGUAAUAACAGCUUCUCAGCUUUAAUUCAUUAGAUAUAAAGAGUUUACAUCCUAGGCUUAAUACAUCAUUGAGGAAUUUUUUUUUUUCAAACCCACAUACAUCCAAAAGGUUCAUACAUAACACAAUACAUAAUCUCAUUUGCAUACAAAUACAACAACUAUGGCUAACACAACACAAAGAACACAACCUACUGCAGCUUUGCAUCCACCAAGAUUGAUUUUUUGCCCUUCACUGCUGUAAUCCUUCUGUCAGAACUUAGAGCAUUGCACUUCAAUAGGAGGUUGUC